AUGGCGAACGCGCACGCGUCAGACCCGAUGGACCCUGCCUUGGCGCGAUGGUCCGCAUGGUGUGCGAGUAAGAGCGGAUUCUCUGUGCCGUCCAAGUCAGAGAAAGAGGAAAUACAAUCGGAUAUAGUAGCACAAAAACGAUGUGAGCAAUGGAAAGACGAUCUACUACGAUCGAGUCCUAUGGUUCGGUUUAUGGUGAAGCACUUGACUUUAAUUCAGUGCAACCCAAUCAGUCCACGGGAUGAAAGUGAUAAAAUGUCAGGCAAAGAUAUACCGCCAAAGCUCCUAAUUGCCUCGUGCCCCCCAGAUAUUGCUGGUGGGUUCUCUCCAUCGGCCCCGGGUCGACCCCCGUCAGAGGCUGGCAUUUUACUAUGUGCGAAUCGCAUUUUUAGCAAGGGACAUUUAGAAGAUACUUUGGCUCACGAGAUGAUUCAUUGGUGGGACCAUUGCCGCUUCAAGGUUGACUGGACGAAUCUUCGACACCACGCAUGUAGUGAGAUCCGUGCAGCUUCUCUGUCGGGUGAUUGCCGAUGGACACGCGAAGUGAAUCGUCGGCAUUUCUCCUUUUUAAAGCAGCACCAGGAAUGCGCGAAGCGACGCGCUAUCUUGUCUAUCCGUACCAAUCCUGCGUGCAAGGAUGAUGAAAUGGCAGCUCGUAUCGUCGAUGAGGUAUGGGAGAGUUGCUUCCAUGAUACCCGCCCUUUUGAUGAAGUAUGUAUCUAG